UAUAUAAACAUGCAGAGGUUCGAAAGUGAUGUGAAUGCGGAAGGGGAAUCUUAAGCUGCUUACACAAGAUUUGAAUCAUCUCCAUCAGUUGGUCAAUUGUCUGGCACACAUGUGGAAAAAUAAACUAUCAUCAAAUCAACUCUAAUUGCUUCUAUUGGGUCCUUCCUCUUUACUUAUGGCAUUUUAGCAUCAGCAGGGAACAAUACGGCAAUCUUAGUCAUAUUCUUCUUAAGCAUUCUCAUGACUGAUCGUCUAACUGUAUUCAAUCCUGCUGUUAGCUUGAUUGAUUUACUUAUGGCUAGAAUUGGAUUCCAGGAGUUUAUGUUUAAUGUUAUUGGCUAAGUCGGAGGCAGUCUCUUGGGUGCAAUGGUGUGUUUCUUCGUCUUAGAAGACUUCACCAAUGCACCCUAUUUGAAUGCCAAAAUUGGUGACAAUCUACUUGGAGUAUUAGAAUAUAUUCAAUAAGCAAAUAGUCAGUGGAAGGCGAAUCGAUUGGCUCUGUCUUAUUUAUGGUGGUCUUGGCAUUGCAGGAGGAUGAUUACUUGAAAUUCUCUGAUGAUAAAUUGGAACAUGCUCUUGUGGUCACUCUAGGAUUUGGUGCUGCUCGUGUCUUGUCAUCUGAAGGAUAAUCACUCUUCAAUCCAGCAUUCGCUUUUAGGUAUUCAAAUUGGAAUAUGGUCAAGUUUGGAAUUGUUUGAAUGCAUUCAGGAUGGUUCUUGGGGAAGAUUCGGAUUUUUGUGGGUAUUCACUUGCACUCCUUUCGUGGCAGCAAUUGUAGCCAUAACAUUCAAUAGUCAAGUGUAUAAGAGAUUCUACGACAAGAAAGUUUAAUAUGGAUUUUGAUUU